UGAAAACCAUAAAAGAUGUCGUCAGUUCGUAUGUUGUUCUUCAAGAGAAAGCACGCGGUUCGGCCUCUGAGUGCGCCAAUGUUCAACCUGUACCAGACGGUCAAUAAGAAAGAACAGGAUGAGAAGGAAUCCAACGUCAUCGGCCACGAGAGGUGGUAUCAGGAGAGGGUUGGCAGGUCCAGUUUGAAGAGGAAGAAGAGGCCGCCUAGAAGGGCACAGAGUGCAGCUGAAUUCUCGCCUCAAACCCUGAACGCUGCCAGCAGGAGGGCUGCCUUCAGGACCAGGAGUCAGAGCUCCGAGAAUAAGGAAAUGGAUGGUAACAGUGGGUCUUCCAAGUCUUCGCCGAAUUUGACGGAUUCCUUCGCGAAAUUGUUGUUUACGAAAAGAUCUGCAUCGACGCAAAAACACGAGUACAGUGCUCUGAAGACAGACGGAGGCUGUGAGAAAUAUAGACUGGAAAAACAAGCGAAAAGCGGAGCGUUCCUCGCCCUCAAGCAAUAUUUAGCAGAUAACGACCGAUACGAGCUGAAUAGCCAAUUGUGCAACAUCGGCUCCAGAGUAGAUAGACAUUGGUUUACCGUCCUGGAUAACGUCCUAGGUGCUGAAAGACUUCUCAUCCUACUUCAAUUGCCGUCCACAUGUCCCAUUCUCCCUAACGAGAACAACAAGAGAAACCUACUAGAACUAUUCAGAGGCCUUCAACAUCCCUACAUCCAUCCAAUCCUGGACAUCGAGUUCUGGGAGGCUGGCACAGCCUUGAUCAUGCCGCUCAACCCAGACGGUAGCUUAAGAGACCUGAUAUAUGGUGCCCCUUGGCGAGAGGAUUACAGCGAGAAAUACCAUGCCAGAGGACAUGGACUUCCUUUGAAGACGAUUCAGUGUCUUGGUCGUCAGAUCCUGGAAGGCCUCCUGUUCCUACGUAGCAGAGAUUUCCCUCCCUUUCACCAUCUCCACUCUGGAAACGUCAUAAUCCAAAACGGAGUGGCGCGCAUCGCUAGUUUGGAGAACACACUGUUUGGUCUCCCUCCAAAACCCCCCAGCCCCUUCGAGAGCAUAGCCUUCGCCUAUUUGCUGUUCGAGAUGGCGGCAGGGUACGAGUUAGCUGGUCCACCCAGCCAGGCGCACCUUCAGCUUGAACUGGAGAGGUUGCCCAGAGUAGCAGACACCAUAGAUCAAAUUUUCCAAAGUCCUCGACCGCCUGGUUUGGAGGAGGUGCUGUGCAGCGAGUUGUUCAGGGGUGUUGAGCUGAGGGAGUUGAGGGGUGCUACCAUUAUUCAGAAUAGGAUGUCGCCGGAUGUCCAGGAGCUGUUGGAGGCUGUAAGGAACCCUGUUCCUCCCUCGCCAGUUAGGCGCGAAAAGUUCCUUGAUUACAUGGAUAUCAGAAGAAGGAUAACACAGAACUGAAGAAAAGAUGUGAUCGUGGUGAUAGAGGAAAGGAGGUUAGAGGACAUUCUAGAAGAAGACAACGAAGAUAGUGAUACAAAUAGUAACGCUGACGCUAGGUAGUAAUAGAGAAAAACGUAGGUCUGAGAGUUUAGCUGUAGAGAGUAGAUAGCUUUUUUAAACUCACAUUCGUGGCCAAAUUUUGGACCAAGGAGAAACGCUUGGUUGACUAAAAGUACCCUCGAUAGGUUUAUAAAUGGAAAAAUAAGAAAACUUUGGUUAAUAUUGAAAUGGUAUGGUGUACUUGUGUGUCGAAUAUAUUUGCAUAUUUUCUAUUGAAUGAGGUAAGAUGUCUUCAGAACUGUUUCUCUUCAAUGUAUUAGUCAAUGAUAUAUUCAGUACUGUCAAAUCUUUAACCGUUUGAGAUAUGCUAUGUUAAUGUUAGCGGAGAUUGACAAGGUACUUGAAUAGAUUUAUUCAGAGGCAAACUCCAACUCACAGAAAAACAAAAACGUAGAUAUAUUAAAAGUAAAUUUUAUAAUACGCAAUAAUGACGCUAUACCUUUAAAUUUGUCGGUGAAUAGUGAAUACUUACCCAUAAAUUCAUCAUUUUGUGGUUAUUUUUGAGUUUGAUAGAACCUGCCAAAUCAAUCUUUCAGAUUUUGUGAAAUACAAGCUAAGCCUUUCGUUCUAAAGAAUCCCAAGAGUCCAUUGCUUCUACUUGAAAUUGAUUUUUCAACGCUCGUGGAAUAAAAAUUACAUUAUUCGACAUACAAGGCAGAAAAUAAGCUUGUGAAAAAUUUUUUAGCAUAUAAGCGAGAUUGCAGAUGACGCAGAAAUUAAAAUAAAAAUAACCUAAUUCUGAUAGUUAAACUUUCAAACCGACUGAACUGAUCAUGAGAAAUCUCUCUUUCGACAAAAUGUGAAAUAAAGCAAAUAAUAAAAUUAAAUACUACAGAUGGCAAUAAUAUAAGAUCAUUAAACGAUGUACGUAUAAAAAACAAUCACGUGGCGUUAUGAUGUUGUUGAUUGGUGUAUAGGAUAAAUGAUCAAUAGUUUUAAUCAAACUUAUAUAGAUAUUUUUCAAUGGGUAGAUCUAGCUAAGUUUCUUCUUUUCGUAAGAACCCAAAUAUAGCCGUCCCUUAGGACUUCCAUAUGCUAAAUAAGCUAGCGCAUAUUCUGACAAAAAUAAGAUAUCUCCAAAAAUAUUCAAGGUCGAUAAAUUCAUUGAUCAUUGAUGACUGAUUAUCCUAAGAGAUAGGAGACAGAAGAAUACAGAAUCUCUUUAAUAUCUCUACAUUAACGUCACUCAAGAUUCUGAUUAUUCUUUGAACAAAUGCAUUCUCUCUUUACUGUCAGAUUAAAUAAUAUACAUCGUCUUUUGCCUGCAUCAAAGUCUGUCUUAAUUUAUAUGGCUAUAUUGAAUUUAUUCGAAAGGGAAAGCCCUCUAAAAAAAUGUUUGGUUAGUGUAGUUUCGACAUAUUGAGGUGCUUGAACCAAACCCAUAUUAAUUCGAGGCAUUUCAAUCUUGAGUUGUAUGAUGAUCACGAUAUCUUAUUUUUGUAGAAGCAAAUUGCUGAGAACAUAUCUCUGCCGUCCUCGAAUCUGAUAGUCAAUUUGUUACUAAGACAAUGUUUUCUCAUAGAUUGCAGGUACAUAUGUUCAGGAGCAAAAAGAAAUCUAAAUAUAUUUGUCUAUAUUAUUGAAUAAUCUUGAUCUUUUCAUUUCGACAAUCAAUGUUUCGAAAUUUGAUGACAAUAUAGAUAUUACUACUGUAUUUAUUGUUAGUUACGACAGAAAUAUCCAUUUUUCAGCGUUCAAUUUUUUGUGAUUUCAUAUUCCAUAUCGAUGAAUUGUUAAUUUUGCUCUAUUUCAAUAAAAUAUGGAAAUUUGA